UCGGAGAUCUCCCCGCAAUUUGGACUGGAAACGAUCACUCGCUCCCUUGUCCCCUAUCCUCUCGCCGCUGGGGCGCUGGGCGCUGCCUGCCGCCUCCAAUGGCUAAACCCCUCCUCCUCCCCGCUACCGUCGCGGCGGCAGCAGCAGCUCGCCUCCCCUCCCGCCUCGCCGUCGGCGCGGCCCCGCCAUUCCGCGUCCUCCCCUUCUUCCUCUGCCCGCCGCCUCAGAGCCGCAGCCUCUCCUUCUCCCCCGUCUCCGCCGUGUCCACGGCCGGCAAGCGCGGCAGGUCGCCGCCGCCGCCGCCGAGCCCGGUCAUCAGCGAGGGCAGGGAUGACGAGGACGCCGCCGUCGGCCGCCCCGUCUGCCCCGGCUGCGGCGUGUUCAUGCAGGACGCCGACCCCAACCUGCCCGGCUUCUUCAAGAACCCCUCCCGCCUCUCCGACGACGAGAUGGGGGAAGACGGGUCGCCUCCUCUUGCCGCCGAGCCUGAUGGAUUUCUUGGAGACGACGAGGAGGACGGUGCGCCGUCGGAAUCUGAUCUUGCCGCCGAAUUGGACGGUCUGGACAGCGAUUUGGAUGAAUUUCUUGAAGAAGAGGAUGAGAAUGGAGAGGAUGGGGCGGAGAUGAAGGCUGACAUAGAUGCCAAGAUCGAUGGCUUCUCGAGCGACUGGGACUCGGAUUGGGAUGAGGAGAUGGAAGACGAGGAGGAGAAAUGGAGGAAAGAACUGGAUGGUUUCACCCCACCGGGAGUUGGGUAUGGAAAGAUCACUGAGGAGACACUCGAGAGAUGGAAGAAGGAGAAGCUGUCCAAGUCCGAGAGGAAACGCCGGGCACGGGAAGCCAAGAAGGCCGAGGCCGAGGAGGACGCCGCCGUGGUCUGUGCCCGGUGCCACUCACUGAGGAAUUAUGGGCAUGUGAAGAAUGACAAGGCUGAGAAUUUGAUCCCGGACUUCGAUUUCGAUCGGUUCAUAUCGUCCCGUCUGAUGAAACGUUCAGCUGGCACACCGGUUAUCGUCAUGGUAGCGGAUUGCGCGGACUUUGACGGCUCAUUCCCAAAGAGGGCUGCCAAGUCGCUGUUCAAGGCGCUCGAGGGGCGGGGAACUUCUAAGUUGAGUGAAACGCCAAGGCUUGUUCUUGUUGGAACGAAGGUGGAUUUGCUGCCAUGGCAGCAAAUGGGAGUGAGGCUGGAGAAGUGGGUGAGAGGCCGAGCUAAGGCUUUCGGAGCACCAAAGCUGGAUGCUGUUUUCUUGAUCAGUGUUCAUAAGGAUUUGUCUGUCAGAAACUUGAUCUCAUAUGUCAAGGAACUAGCUGGGCCCCGUAGCAAUGUUUGGGUGAUUGGUGCACAGAAUGCUGGGAAAUCCACUCUAAUUAAUGCAUUUGCAAAGAAACAAGGUGUCAAAAUCACAAGGUUGACUGAGGCUGCUGUGCCAGGAACUACAUUAGGAAUCUUGAGAAUAACAGGUGUUUUGCCAGCAAAGGCUAAAAUGUAUGACACUCCUGGCUUAUUGCAUCCAUAUAUAAUGUCAAUGAGAUUAAACAGUGAGGAACGCAAGAUGGUUGAAAUUCGGAAAGAACUCCGGCCAAGGUGCUUCAGGGUGAAGGCAGGACAAUCUGUACAUAUUGGAGGUUUAACACGACUUGAUGUGUUAAAAGCUUCAGUCCAAACUAUCUACAUAACUGUUUGGGCAUCUCCUAGUGUGUCCCUCCAUCUGGGGAAGACUGAAAAUGCUGAAGAACUGCGGGACAAACAUUUUGGCAUCAGACUUCAGCCACCGAUCAGGCCAGAGCGAGUUGCCGAAUUAGGUCACUGGACGGAAAGACAGAUUGAUGUGUCGGGGGUCAGUUGGGAUGUGAACAGUAUGGAUAUUGCUAUUUCGGGGUUAGGCUGGUAUUCCUUGGGCCUGAAAGGAAAUGCCACAGUUGCGGUGUGGACUUUCGAUGGCAUUGAUGUGACACGGCGUGAUGCGAUGAUUCUUCACCGAGCUCAGUUCCUCGAAAGGCCUGGAUUUUGGCUACCCAUCGCCAUCGCCAAUGCUAUAGGUGAGGAGACCAGGAAGAAGAAUGAGAGAAGGAAGAAGGCUGAGCAAAGAGAUGAUCUCCUUUUGGAAGAAAGCGCCGAGGAUGAUGUGGAGGUGCUCAUAUAGUUGACACAUGACUCACUAGGAAACAUAUUUUUCAAGUUGAUCAAUGAGAAAUCAUUUUCAGGAUAGAAAGUAGAAGCAUACAUAUGUUGUUAAAAGAAUAGUUCUUGAAUUUCUUUAGCGAGAGGCAGCCCCUGAGUGUAAUAGGUAAUCUUUGUGUGAGAAUGUUUACUUGGAAUGGAAACAUUUGUUUUGUAGCAAUAGGCAUCGAUGAAAGUUUUAUAUAUUCCUUGUUUAUUA